AUGUCACUAUUCCGUGACGUUGGGAACUGGGCCUCUGUGGUGGUCCUGACGUGGCCCACGCCGCCCCGUGAUUUUGGAUCUGUUCGUUUGUCGUUCAUACUCCGUUUGACGGAACAAACUCAAAUUUCUUGGGAAACUGUCUUGUGGAAUUCCGUUCUAUACGUUCAAGUACCAUCUUGCAUACUGCCUGGAGGUUCGAAAGAAGGUUUCGUCGGUUUGUUGGAAUAUGCUGAAGAAGUUUUGCAUUGCGGACACGUCGUCGUUUGCAUGAAAAAAGAUCGCACCGAUAGAAAUCUUUUGGUGAGAACUUUCAUGUUCCUCGGAUUCAUACCACUUGCUCCAGGUCACGUUUUGAUUCCAUCAAACACAGAUCCAGCCAAUUUAUUCAUGCUCUAUUCGAUCGAGUAA